UCAUCGCGCUUCGCCUCUCCCCCUUCUUGUGCUCUGCCUCCUGUAGACCGCCACCUUCGGCGGCUUCAUCGGCGAUCCCCUCCCUCCUCUUCGCUCCCGCUUCCCGUGCUCUGCCUCCUGUAGACCGCCACCUUCGGCGACUUCAUCGGCGGUCCUCUCCUCUUCCUCUGUCCUCCCCCUUAUUAAUGGAGGCGUCUCAUCCUGCUUCCAUCGCCAGCCAUGAAAGCUUAAGCAGUUUCUCGUCUCGAAUUCGUGAGCUGAGCGAGCGAGAAGGAGGGCUCCAAGAGCUGGAAGCACAUGCCUCUCCCGCUCCCCUCCUCUUGCCCUGUCCAAUAAAUCGUUCCAAGCUCCGAUAGGAGCAACAGCUCGAAUCACAGACGACAAAAAAGAAGCAAUAAACAUGGCCGCCGCCAAUGAAUCCAUCUCCCUAGACCAGAUCAAGAACGAGACGGUUGAUCUGGAGAGCAUUCCGGUGGAGGAAGUCUUCGCUCAGCUAAAAUGCAGCAAAGAGGGGUUGAGCUCCGCCGAGGGGGAGAAGCGACUCCAGAUCUUUGGCCCCAACAAGCUCGAGGAGAAGAACGAGAGCAAGAUCCUCAAGUUCCUGGGCUUCAUGUGGAACUCGCUCUCGUGGGUCAUGGAGAUGGCCGCGAUCAUGGCCAUCGCCUUGGCUAAUGGAGGAGGGGAGGCGCCGGAUUGGCAAGAUUUCGUCGGCAUCGUCGUCCUCCUCGUCAUCAACUCCACCAUCAGCUUCAUCGAGGAGAACAGCGCAGGAAACGCCGCCGCCGCUCUCAUGGCCGGACUCGCCCCGAAGACCAAGGUAUUGAGGGACGGAAAGUGGUCGGAGCAAGAGGCGGCAAUACUAGUUCCCGGAGAUAUUAUCAGCGUUAAGCUUGGCGACAUCGUCCCGGCCGAUGCCCGCCUCCUGGAGGGUGAUCCUCUCAAGAUCGACCAGUCCGCCCUCACCGGCGAGUCCCUCCCGGUGACGAAGCUCCCCGGUGACGAAGUUUUCUCUGGCUCCACCUGCAAACAAGGAGAGAUCGAGGCUAUCGUGAUCGCCACCGGCGUGCACACCUUCUUCGGCAAGGCGGCCCACCUCGUCGACAGCACCAACAAUGUCGGCCACUUCCAGAAGGUGCUCACCGCCAUCGGCAACUUCUGCAUCUGCUCGAUCGCUAUCGGGAUGGUCGUCGAGAUCAUCGUGAUGUACCCGAUCCAGCAUCGCCGGUACCGCGACGGAAUAAACAACCUUCUCGUACUUCUCAUCGGCGGCAUCCCGAUCGCCAUGCCCACCGUGCUCUCUGUCACCAUGGCCAUUGGUUCUCACCGCCUAUCGGAGCAGGGAGCGAUCACAAAGAGGAUGACGGCGAUCGAGGAGAUGGCCGGAAUGGAUGUGCUCUGCAGCGACAAGACGGGAACCCUCACUCUCAACAAGCUCACUGUCGAUAAGAGCCUGAUCGAAGUAUUCACGAACGGCAUCGACAAGGAUACAGUAAUGCUGCAUGCCGGCAGGGCUUCUAGGGUUGAGAACCAAGACGCCAUUGAUGCUUGCAUCGUGGGAAUGCUCGGCGACCCUAAGGAGGCUCGUGCAGGAAUCAAGGAGGUGCAUUUCCUUCCAUUCAAUCCCGUCGACAAGCGCACUGCAAUCACCUACAUCGAUUCCGAUGGCCGAUGGAACAGAUCCAGCAAGGGCGCACCAGAGCAGAUCAUUGACCUCUGCGAUCUCAAACCCGAUGUCAAGAAGAAGAUCCAUGAGGUUAUCGACAAGUUCGCCGACCGCGGCCUCCGCGCCCUCGGCGUGGCGAGACAGGACGUCCCCGAAGCGAGCAAAGAGAGCGCUGGCGGGCCAUGGCAGUUUGUCGGUCUCCUGCCCCUCUUCGACCCACCCAGGCACGACAGCGCAGAGACCAUCCGCCAAGCCCUCCACCUCGGCGUCAACGUCAAGAUGAUCACCGGCGACCAGCUCGCCAUCGGCAAGGAAACCGGACGCCGGCUUGGCAUGGGCACUAACAUGUACCCUUCAUCGACCCUCCUCGGCGACAAGAAUGACAACGUCGACGGCCUCCCCAUCGAUGAGCUCAUCGAGAAGGCCGAUGGUUUCGCUGGAGUCUUCCCCGAGCACAAGUAUGAGAUCGUGAAGAGGUUGCAGGACAGGAAGCACAUCUGCGGCAUGACCGGAGACGGUGUGAACGACGCUCCGGCUCUGAAGAAGGCUGACAUCGGUAUCGCAGUGGCCGACGCAACGGACGCCGCCCGUGGUGCCUCCGACAUCGUGCUGACCGAGCCAGGGCUAAGCGUGAUCAUCAGCGCCGUGCUCACCAGCCGCGCCAUCUUCCAGAGGAUGAAGAACUACACCAUCUACGCCGUCUCGAUCACCAUUCGGAUAGUGCUCGGCUUCAUGCUCAUCGCCCUCAUCUGGCAAUUCGAUUUCUCCCCCUUCAUGGUCCUCAUCAUCGCCAUCCUGAACGACGGCACCAUAAUGACCAUCUCCAAGGACAGGGUCGUGCCUUCUCCCCUGCCCGACUCAUGGAAGCUCCGCGAGAUCUUCGCCACCGGCGUCGUCCUCGGUACCUACCUCGCCAUCAUCACCGUCGUCUUCUUCUUCCUCGCCCACGACACCGAUUUCUUCACUGAAAAAUUUGGAGUGGAGCCGAUCCGCGACAACGCCGAGCAGCUAACGGCAGCGCUUUACCUGCAAGUGAGCAUCAUCAGCCAAGCGCUCAUCUUCGUCACCAGAUCGAGGAGCUGGUCCUUAUUGGAACGCCCCGGGCUUUUGCUCGUGGCUGCCUUCCUGGCCGCCCAGCUCCUGGCGACAUUGAUCGCGGUGUACGCAUCAUGGAGCUUCGCCAAGAUCCAGGGCAUCAGUUGGGGCUGGGCCGCCGUCAUCUGGAUCUUCAGCAUAAUCACCUACUUCCCUCUCGACGCUCUCAAAUUCAUGAUCCGCUACGGCCUCAGUGGCAAGGCCUGGGACAACAUACUCCAGAACAAGACGGCCUUCACGACGAAGAAGGAUUAUGGUAGGGGUGAGAGGGAGGCGCAGUGGGCGUUGGCUCAACGAACCUUGCAUGGCCUCCAAUCCGCCGAAGCUUCAGCCGUCUUCAACGACAAGAGCUACCGGGAGCUGUCGGAGAUCGCCGAGCAAGCCAAGAAGCGCGCGGAGAUUGCACGGAUGAGGGAGCUGCACACACUGAAAGGGCACGUCGAGUCGGUGGUGAAGCUCAAGGGACUGGACAUGGACACGACGAAUCAGAAUUACACUGUUUAAAGUCUCUCAGACGGGGGCGUUGUCCUAGAUAGGGAAUGUUUACGGUGCUGUCAUGCUUCUGUUUCGUUUUCAAGUGAGAUUGACUAUUGGGGAUGGAUUAAUUGUACGCAAUUU